UUUGUUGUGCGCUCGUAAGGAUGUGUCCGCUGGCGCUGCCGGACUUCGUGCGUUCGCGUCGCGUGUGUGCGCGUUUAUCCUGACGCUGAAUGUAUCUCAGCCAAAAGCGGCCAAAGCCGAAACGGGCCACGAAAAGUGAUUGAAAAUCAGGCGAAUAGCUCAAGUGAAUGCCAGAAUAAUAAUCAUAUAAUCAUGCAUGUUCUUAUCGCGUUGAGAGAAAAUCAAAUAUAAAAUGCGGCAAUCGCUGUUCAGUUCCGUGUUAAGUUUUUAUUUGUGUUCGUGUGCUUGGAUUCGGGUACCAGGAUCCCAAAUACCGACGAUCUCGAGGAUAAACCACUAACUGAUAGAAGAAGAAGGUCCUGAGCUGCCGAAUAAAAAACACAGCAAAAGAUCGUUCAAAAUGAUCACCUAAAGCCAAAAUCGGUGCAAGCAUAAAAACAAAAAAAAUAAAUAAAAACAAAACCGAAUAAAACGUGAAUAACUAAAAAACGCAAAAGUUCAUAACGCAAACAAAGUUUAAUUGGCAUUGGCGAAAAAAUAAAUGUAAAUUGAUUUAGAAAAACCCAAGGGCAAAAAACUACAACCGCAAUCCUACGAAAUUCAACAAAAUAAAAGAAACCGUAACGCAAACCACCGCAAAAAUUGCUUUAGAUUAAAACCAUAGACGAGUACGGAAAACAUAAAAACCACUCACAAAUCGCAUCAAACAAAAUGACGCUGCGCAUAUCGGCCACAUACGGAAAUCAUCGAGGGCUCAUCAUUCCUGGCUGUGUGCUGCUCCUGAUUUUGGCCACCUUGCCACCAGCCUCGCGGGCAGGACGAAUCUUUGACGUCACAAAUCUGGACUACGUAAAGGUGAAUGCCGAGGCGGGCAAGAACGUGACCAUUCCGUGUCCGGGGGUCAACGAGCACUCGCUGGUGGACUCGCUCGUGUGGAAGACGGCGUCAACGACAAUCGCGCAGUUUGCCAACCGGAUACCCCUGCUCCACAGUCCGCGGAUUCAACUUCUUUCGGACAACUUCGGCCUGCAGUUUUCCCCUUCAUUAGCGAGUGAUACCUCGGAGUACAUAUGCCUGGUGAACGAUCGGCAUAUACCAGAAGCUAUAGUCGACUUGCUGGUCCAGGAUGUGCCCGAUCCGCCGGAGCGACCAUUGUUGAUAAGUUUCACAUCACGCUCGGUGAAUUUAUCCUGGGCGCACUCGCAGCAUCCGCGGAAUGCGCCCGUCACGCAUUUUAUUAUCGAAACGCGCGAGGGCGAGGAUGGCAUCUGGGAGCAGCUGGCCAGGAUCUACACGAAGACAAAUGCGACGUCAUAUCAGGUGACCGGGCUGACGCCCUUCACCGUCUACAGCUUUCGUCUCCUGGCGGUCAACAAGCUGGGAAUCAGUCCGCCGUCCAAGGAGUCCUACUACAUAGUCACGUUGCGUGAGGCUCCCACGGGCAAGCCCAUACCGACGACGGCCCACAACACGUCCUCCACCUCCGUGUACAUCUCGUGGAAGGCUCCGCCGCCGGAUACCAUACUGGGCGAAUUCCUUGGCUACCGCAUCACAUAUCGACCACGCGAUCGGGACCCCAACGAUACCAAGGAAAUCUAUAUACGCGACAACACCGUGGAGAGCCAUGAAAUACAGAACCUCCAGACGUACACGCAGUACAAGGUGACGGUGCAGGUGUUCAAUCCCGAGGGUCUGGGACCGGAGACCACCAUUCUGGUGAUGACCGACGAAGGAGUGCCAAGCAAGCCGCAGAAUCUAACCAUCUUGGAUGUUUCGGCCAACAGCAUCACGAUGUCCUGGCAUCCGCCUAAGAAUCAGAACGGAGCCAUUGCUGGCUACCAUGUGUUCCACAUCCACGACAACCAAACUGGCGUGGAAAUCGUGAAGAACUCUCGCAAUUCGGUGGAAACACUCAUUCACUUUGAGCUGCAGAAUUUACGACCCUACACCGACUACCGUGUGAUAGUGAAGGCAUUCACCACCAAGAACGAGGGCGAACCCUCCGACCAGAUUGCCCAGCGAACGGAUGUGGGAGGACCCAGUGCUCCGGCGAUUGUGAACCUCACUUGCCACUCCCAGGAGUCGAUCACCAUUCGGUGGCGAAGACCCUACGAGUUCUACAACACCAUCGACUUUUACAUCAUCAAAACGCGUUUGGCUGGCCAGGAUACGCAUCGGGAUAUAAGGAUUAAUGCCUCGGCGAAGGAACUAGAAACUGCCAUGAUUCUUCAAAACCUAACAACCAACUCGUACUACGAGGUCAAAGUGGCAGCGGCAACGUUCAGUGUCAUAAAUCCAAAGAAAAUUGUGCUGGGCAAAUUCUCGGAGUCAAGGAUUAUUCAACUGCAACCAAACUGCGAGAAACUGCAACCGCUGCUGCGGCAGUCGCAUAAUGACUACAACCUGGCCGUUUUGGUGGGCAUCAUCUUCAGCUGCUUCGGCAUUAUCCUGAUCAUCAUGGCCUUCUUUCUGUGGAGCAGAAAGUGCUUCCAUGCGGCCUACUACUACCUGGACGACCCGCCACACCAUCCAAAUGCCCCCCAGGUGGACUGGGAAGUGCCCGUGAAGAUCGGCGACGAGAUUCGCGCAGCUGUGCCCGUAAACGAGUUCGCCAAGCACGUGGCUUCACUGCACGCGGAUGGGGACAUUGGAUUCAGCCGGGAGUACGAGGCCAUUCAGAACGAGUGCAUCAGCGAUGAUCUGCCAUGUGAGCACUCGCAGCAUCCGGAGAACAAACGCAAGAAUCGCUAUCUCAACAUCACAGCCUAUGACCACAGUCGGGUGCACUUGCAUCCCACACCGGGACAAAAGAAGAACCUGGACUACAUCAAUGCCAACUUCAUCGAUGGAUACCAAAAGGGACAUGCCUUCAUCGGCACCCAGGGUCCCUUGCCCGAUACCUUCGAUUGCUUUUGGCGCAUGAUCUGGGAGCAGCGGGUGGCCAUCAUAGUGAUGAUCACCAAUCUGGUGGAGCGCGGCAGGCGCAAGUGCGACAUGUACUGGCCGAAGGAUGGGGUAGAGACCUACGGCGUGAUUCAGGUCAAGCUCAUCGAGGAGGAGGUCAUGUCCACCUACACUGUGCGCACCCUGCAGAUCAAGCACUUAAAGCUCAAGAAGAAGAAGCAGUGCAAUACCGAGAAGCUGGUCUAUCAGUAUCACUACACCAACUGGCCCGACCACGGCACCCCGGAUCAUCCCCUUCCUGUGCUCAACUUUGUCAAGAAAUCCUCGGCCGCCAAUCCCGCAGAGGCUGGUCCCAUAGUCGUGCACUGCAGCGCUGGCGUCGGUCGCACUGGCACCUACAUCGUCCUGGACGCCAUGCUCAAGCAGAUCCAGCAGAAAAACAUCGUCAACGUCUUUGGCUUCCUGCGCCACAUUCGUGCGCAGAGGAACUUCCUGGUGCAAACUGAGGAGCAGUACAUAUUCCUGCACGACGCCCUGGUGGAGGCCAUCGCCUCAGGGGAGACCAAUCUGAUGGCCGAGCAGGUGGAGGAGCUGAAGAACUGCACUCCCUACCUGGAGCAGCAGUACAAGAACAUCAUACAGUUCCAACCGAAGGACAUACACAUUGCAUCCGCCAUGAAGCAGGUGAACUCGAUCAAGAACCGCGGCGCCAUCUUCCCCAUCGAGGGCAGUCGGGUGCACUUGACGCCCAAGCCGGGCGAGGAUGGCAGCGAUUAUAUCAACGCAUCCUGGCUUCACGGCUUCCGGCGGCUGAGGGACUUCAUAGUCACCCAGCAUCCCAUGGCGCACACGAUAAAGGACUUCUGGCAGAUGGUCUGGGACCACAAUGCACAGACCGUCGUGCUGCUCUCAUCCCUGGACGAUAUAAACUUUGCCCAGUUUUGGCCGGAUGAGGCCACGCCCAUCGAGAGCGAUCAUUAUCGCGUCAAGUUUCUGAACAAGACCAACAAGAGCGACUAUGUGAGCCGCGACUUUGUCAUCCAGUCGAUACAGGACGACUACGAGCUGACGGUCAAGAUGCUCCACUGUCCCAGUUGGCCGGAGAUGUCCAAUCCCAACAGCAUCUACGACUUCAUUGUCGAUGUGCACGAGCGCUGCAACGACUAUCGCAAUGGACCCAUCGUCAUUGUGGACAGAUAUGGUGGCGCCCAGGCGUGCACCUUCUGCGCCAUCUCGUCGCUGGCCAUCGAGAUGGAGUACUGCAGCACGGCGAAUGUGUACCAGUACGCGAAGCUGUACCACAACAAGCGACCCGGGGUGUGGACAUCCAGCGAGGACAUCCGUGUCAUCUACAACAUACUUUCAUUUUUGCCUGGCAAUUUGAACCUGCUGAAGCGCACGGCGCUUCGGACUGAAUUCGAGGAUGUGACAACGGCCACGCCGGAUCUCUAUAGCAAAAUAUGCAGCAAUGGUAAUGUUCCACAGCAUGUCAUACUGCAGCAGCAGCAGCUGCACAUGCUGCAGUUGCAGCAGCAACACCUAGAGACACAGCAGCAGCAGCAACAGCAGCAGCAGCAGCAGCAACAACAGACAGCACUCAAUGAGACAGUCAGCACACCGCACACCGAUACUAAUCCAAGCCUCUUGCCCAUUCUGUCAUUGCUACCGCCCACAGUCGCUCCUCUGUCCUCCAGUUCAUCCAUCACACCACAACCACCAAGUACUCCAACACCAUCCCCACAAACCAUCCAACUGCCAUCGCCAUCAGACCUGACCCACCAGAUCUCACCCACAGUCGCCCAUGCAGCAUCACCAGCCACGCCAGCCACUGCAACUGCAAGUGCGAAUGCAUCACCAACGACUCCAACGACACCAACAGUCCCACAACAGUCCACAAUACCGACAAUAACACCACUCGCAUCCCAGAACAGUUUAACCCUUACUAAUGCCAAUUUCCAUACUGUUACUAACAACGCUGCUGAUCUGAUGGAACAUCAACAACAACAAAUGCUGGCCCUGAUGCAACAACAAACGCAACUGCAACAACAAUACAACACGCACCAACAUCACAACAACAUCGGUGACCUGACAUCGGUGAUGAACAAUGCGGACAACUCACCAACCUCCUCCUCACCAACGACAACGAUCACCAACAACAAUCAUAUUACGAACAACAACGUCACAAGCGCAGCGGCGACAGAUGCUCAAAACCUAGAUAUUGUAGGCUAAACUAAAGAUAAAUUUACAUAUUUACAGAGAGGGAAUUUAAAUCAUUUUAUAAAUGUUUAAAUAUAAAUACUUAACUUUAAACCUUACACCUACGUACAUAGCGAUGUAUUUAUUAACCUUUAAGUCGUUUAAGUGAGUGCAGAGCGUCUAGCGCUGUGUCCAUAAAUUAUUCGUUCGACCUGUAAGCUCAUGUUUUACUUUAACUUUAUAACUUAGGCCCCCUCAGUUAAUUUUCCCCCUACUAAAACUAUUUAAAUUAUUUCGUCUUGUGUAGUUUUUUAUAUCGUAAACAUAGGUUUUUAUACACCAUACUUUACCCACAUUUAGUCACAAGGAAAAUACAUGAAGCGACAGAAAGUCAGAAGCAGUAAAGAACAAAAAAUAAUCGCAAAUCUAAAGUGGAAACGUAGCAAAAUGCACAAAUUGAACAAGUAGAGUUAAUAACAUAUUUGUCUAAUCAUUUAUAUACGCUGAUUACAUAUAACUAACGUUAAAUGCAGGCUAAUGCUGCACACACUUGUGCCAUGAUUUUUUAAGCCCCCCAAAAGCUCCUAUUAAAGUAAUGAUUAUUAGUUGAAUUGCCGAACUAACUAACCUAGAGUUUAGUUGAGCUGAGCAACUUUUUGCAUUUCGAAUCGAUUCAGUCCGUCCUAGUAUCUGUUAUUCUUUUUGCCUUCCUAUCAAUUGGUUCCAGUUUAAAUGCGGUUCAAUACAAAAUAAAGACAAACUCAAGCAAACCUAGCUACAAAUUAAUUGCGAAUUUAGUGGGCAAUACGCCGAAUUACCUAGCACUUUACACCACACAUCACUGUAAAUCCCAAUCAAAGCUAAAUAUAUCACACGAUUUCCGCACAAAGCACCAGGCAUCACGAAAAUUUGUAAAUACAGCCAAGGCCGGAAAACAGAUAGGCAGAUAAAAGAUACUGUAAAAAUGUGGUCAAAAGUGGCCUGAAAACCCAAACCCAUCACUCUGCAAAGCUAUUGAGCUAAUAAGCUAAUAAUAUUGUAAAAAUAAAAAAGUAAAGUAAGCAACGGCGACAACUAAGUGUAAAUCUGCAAGUAGUCGCAAGCAAAGUAUUAUUAAAAUAUACGAUACAUGUGAAAAGCGAGAUAAAAGAAAAUCCCAAUGAAAACUCAAGUUUAAGUUUUGUUUUCCUCUAUCGAUGCACAGGGUGUUUCCACGUUACAACGUUUCCAUGUUUCCCCAUAUUUGAUAGACCCGACUAACAGCGUAAUAUUAACCUGUACAGUUCUUAAAGUUAGCCCCGGAUGUGGAUACGAAUUAGGCUUAAACCUAGCACUCUGAAUUGCCAUGGCUAAUGGUCUGGCAGUUGUCCAGAUCGGGCAGAUAGCAAGUAUAUAUCUCCCCACACCACAGCAAAGCGAGUAGAGCGCAAGUAAUUUAGUGAAUAUUUUUACAUUUUAUAUGUAAAGUAUUAGUGGAAAUGAAGAAACAUAAGAAACGAUAAACAAACAUGUUUUAAAGACUGGUUUUUUGUACACUUUAACUUGAAUAAGCAUGUAUACUGAUUAUGUAAAUUAACGAAUGUCAAAGGUCCUUCAGUUUGCCCCCUUCCCCGCCAACAUCCAUCCCGUGUCCACCCCACAAUCGCAUGUAGUCAGACUACUUGAGGAUGCAGACCCCGUAGAUUCGGGCUCGAUUCGGGUGGAAGGGAGGAGAGCACCCUUCAAUCUGAUCGUAUCAAUCCAAUCAUUUGUCAGCUGAUACCAAAUAGGCGACUCUACAUAUUAACCAACUAACCAACUAAUGACCAAUUUUGUGAGAUUAUGUUUCUUAGGCACUAGACCCGACUUAGGCUAAGACUACUUAUACGCUAGGAGGGCUUGUAAAUUUCUCAUACUGACACCGGCAAUGGUAACAAAUGCUUCAUCUGUAAUAUAACAACAAGAAUCAUAUUAUUUCGAUACGAUAUACGAUAUUGAGAAAACCAAAAACUAUGCAUUUUAACUGUUAAACACAUAAAUAUUAGUACGUACGAUGAAACUAUAGGUGGAUAUGGAUAUUUCUAUGCAUUAUGUACAUAAUGUUGUAAGUGUGCGAUGUACGUCGCAGCCAAAGAAAAGCUUAAUCAACCGCAUUGCGAUGGAGCAAUGAUCACAGACAGAGUUCUACCGAAAUCCCCCAAUUAAAAAGUGCACACUCUUUUCGAGCAAAUGGAAACCUUUCCACGACUAAACUACCUUCACACAUUAACUAAAGUAAUUGAGAAUGAUACAAAACCACAGAUGCAACAGAUUAUCUAAUUGACGGUGUUAUGCAAUUUAUAAAUGUGAUGAAUGUCAAAGUUAAGCGUAAACAAUUUAAAAACAAAAACCAAGAAAAUACAAAAGAUACAAAAAAAAAACAAAAAAAGAAUUAUUAAAAACAAUUCAAGAAAAAGAGCUGAAUGUAGCGAGAACUUAAGUAAGCAUGCCCACGAUUUUAGAGCUAAGCAAAUAGAUAAAGAUACAGAUACCCAGAGGCAGACCAUAGAUUUUAAAGAACGAAGCAUUUGCCCCAGAUCCUGACAGGAUCUGUCAGGAGGUCCUGAAAGUAGGGACUUUCCCGCAGCUUGUAGAAGCCACUGCAGCAGGAGGAUGCGACACAAAGAUCGGACAAGGUAUCGCGAUAAACAGAAUUAAUGAUAUGAAUAUAUGUAUGUAUAUGUAUGUACACCUAAGCUAAUCGUAAGCCAAUGAAAGUUGAAAUGGACUAAAGAUAAAUGGAACAGACAAAAUCGAAAGCGUCUAAAUAAAGAACAUCAAAUUGCAAA